AUGGAAGGAAAAAGAACGCCCAGUUUACUGGCUGUAUACCUGAUUUACAUAAACAUCGCUGUAUAUUCCCUUUUUUCUUUUCUCUACACUUUAUACAUCACGCCUUUUCAAAACAUUAUUUUCAUCUUUAUCAUUCUAUUCGUAUUUUCUUAUUCCUUUUUCUGUUUUUCCGCUUACUAUGUAGUCUAUCUGUUUAUCUUAACUUUUCUUUAUCCAACCUUUCCUUUCUUUCUUUAUCUAACCUUUCCUUUCUUCCUUUCUCCAACCUUUCCUUUCUUCCUUUCUCCAACCUUUCCUUUCUUUUUUUAUCCAACCUCUCCUUUCUUUCUUAAUCCGACCUUCCCUAUCUUUCUUUAUCCAACCUUUCCUUUCUUUCUUUAUCCAACCAUUCCUUUCUUUCUUUAUCCAACCUUUCCUUUCUUUCUUUAUCCAACCUUUCCUUUCUUUCUUUAUCCAACCUUUCCUUUCUUUCUUUAUCCAACCUUUCCUUUCUUUUAUCUUUCCUUUCUUUUCUUAAUCUUUCCUUUCCUUUUUUCUUUAUCCAACCUUUCCUUUCUUUCUUAA